CAUCUAUGUGAGAGGGGGCAGCGGCUGUGGUGGCUGAGUAGAGAGGGUGGUUAGGGUUGGUGGCGACUCAGCCCUUUCCUGUUGCUCUUCCGUCUUCCAAUGCUUCUGAAAGAACCAGUUGCUUAAGGCGAUGCCAAGACUUGACCAAGGAAAGAGGUAGGUUUCAUGGCCAUGGCCUUGUUACACAGCUCUGAGCCUCAGCUGCUCAGGACACUGAGGCAGGAAUAUCGCAAGUUUAAAGCCAGCCUUUGCAAAUUAGCAAAACCCUGUCUCAACCCCCCCUCCAAAACAAACAGCAAACAAACAAAAAACAAACCUAAAAGGACCCAGGGGUGAAAUAGUUGGCUCGGAGGACAGUAGCAUAUGGCUCCACAGGCAAAUUUAAAAACCAUGCUGUUAGGCACACCUUGGGAGGAGGUAACAGCAGGGCGGGGAAGUGGCCGAGGCGGCAGGUGAGGCUGAGGCAGCACUUGGUCAAGGAGCUGCCUACCUCCUUUCUUCAUUUGGCUAGGGGAGGAGAGGCCCCCGGGGGCAGUUCCAGUACAAAGGACUUCAUUUAUCCUUCCACCUGCCCCGGCUUGCCCCUCCCCCCAGCACUAGUCCUCCAGUGAUGAAUCCUUAGAUUCUGUGCUUGAAGAACGACCAGGAAACUGAGAAGUUUCCAGGUGUGAACGCUCUGCAGGGACUCGGGUUUAGGGCAGUGCAGGGAAAUUCCAUUUCACUUCUUCCGGCUGCUCUGAGCCCCUUGCACCCAGCAGAAGGCACAAUGGCAGGUCCACGACACCCGGUAUCAGCGCAUGCGGUAGCCCUGGUGCAGGUGGAGCGACUCCAGACAUUUGCCUUCUCCGUGCGCUGGUCGGACAACAGUGACUCCUCUGUUCGCAGGAGCUGGGAUGAGUUCAGGCAGCUCCAGAGCCUUAAGAAGAUCUUCCCGGUGGAGGCGGGCCUGCUCCGGAGAUCUGACCGCGUUCUUCCCAAGCUUCCUGGUCAGGCCUACAGGGGUUACAGGGUGGUCACGGGAGGUCUGGCAAACAAGCGUGAGAGCGUGGUCCCAGUGUGUUCCUGUGGUACCCGGGCAGAUGCUCCAUUGCUGACGUGCCGGGGGCAUACUGGCCGAGGCCUGGUGCGGUUGCGGCUGCUGAAGACCUACGUACAGGCUCUGCUGGCAACCUCCGAGCACGUAUUGAGGAGCUCGGCGCUCAGCGACUUCUUCACACCCAGACCUCUGGAUCUGGAGCCUAGGCUGCCUCCCGGCAGCCUGGUGAUCCUGCCCACACCAGAGGAGCCGUUAUCUCAACCCGCAAGCAGCCUUACCAUUCAUAGUCUGGAGGCUCAGAGCAUGCGCUGUUUACAUCCUUUCUACACCCAUGACACAAGAGACAGGCCUUUUCACACGCAGGCUCAAGAAAUUCUGGAUGUAUUACUUCGACAUCCGUCAGGCUGGUGGCUGGUGGAGAAUAAGGAUCAACAGACAGCCUGGUUUCCAGCUCCCUACCUGGAGGAGGGAGCCCUAGGCCAAGACCAGGAAUCAGGCCUGGCUUUGCAACGUAGAGGGAUGCAGUUCUGUGCUACUCAGGCCUAUGAGGGCAGUCGUACUGAUGAGCUAUCAGUGCCUGCAGGGGCACGCGUGCAUGUGCUGGAACCCUCAGACCGUGGCUGGUGGCUGUGCAGGUACAAUGGCCAGGAAGGUCUGUUUCCUGCAGUGCUGCUGCAGCCUGAAGGGCUGGGCUCCCUCCUGGGCAGGCCAGGGCUCCCAGAUGGCAGGGAAGACAAGGUGGCUGCAGACAGGCCUGUUACCCCUGUAGUACCAACUCGCCCCUGUGUGAGUGCCAUUCAGAGCCGAUGCUGCACCAUCACCCGCAGGGCACUGGAACAGGACCAAAGGACCCUGGGUCCCCUUUGAGGAUUUGUGUAGCCCUGUAGAGAGGUUGUAUUGUCAACCCCAACCACAAGCAAAGCAGGGAUCCAGACCUGCCAAGAGAGCAGGAUAGGG